CAAGUGUAGAGAGAGAGAGAGAGGAAGACGGAGCGAGCACAGAGUCGUAAAGGUUAGAGGUUAGACAGAGCUUCAGUCGGGUCACGUUGAAGGAGUGGAAAAUCAGAGCUCAGGCUACCAGACACAUGUGGAAGAUCGAGAAGGGAGUAUCCAAUGAGAGGCCUCGUACCUGAGCUCCCAGUGUGUGGCACAGUGACAACAAACGGUCUUGACCUGCAGUGAAUGAGCUUAAGACGAGAGAGAGAGAGAGAGGACGAGUCGACACUUGGGAGCAGAAAAAGCUGUGAUCUGGAGUGGAGGUGCGAUGGAGAACCUGCCCGUCUACCACGGACCCAUCGGCAAGGAGGAGGGCGAGAGGCGCCUGGCCCAGGACGGCCGGAACGGGUGCUACCUGGUGCGGAACAGUGACUCUGUGCCGGAGGUCUUCUGCUUGUGUGUGCUGUGCAGGGGAUACGUCUACACAUACAGACUCCAUAAGGACGACGCAGGCUCCUGGGCUGCAGAAACAUCUCCUGGUGUGCAGAAACGAUAUUUCCGGAAAAUCAGGAACUUGAUAGCGGCUUUCCAGGAGCCUGACCAAGGAAUCGCCAUUCCCCUGCUCUACCCCGUCACUGCUCAGAGACGGGCUGAGGCGCCCGGUAAAGGCCUGUCGCCGACAAGCAGCCACCAAAAUGUUUACCAGCAGGAGCAGCAGCAGCAGCAGCAGCAGCAGAAGACGCAACACGCUGCUAAGGGACAGAAAAACAGGAACCUGAAGAGCGAAGGGCGCUAAAGCUUUUCUAAACAAUGACUUCAUUGUAAACACAAUACUGUACUGGCAUGAAGCCCACUGUUACUUUCUAUUCACUGUCUCUUCAAGUAAAGGUCAUUUUUCUAAUUAA